CUGCCGCUGCUGCUCCCGAGGCAGCCUCUAAAUUGUGUUUUGUGUUUUCUUUUCAGGUCACCAACCAGUUUCUCAAACAAUUAGGUCUGCAUCCUAAUUGGCAGUUCGUCGAUGUAUAUGGAAUGGAUCCUGAACUCCUUAGCAUGGUACCAAGGCCAGUGUGUGCAGUGUUACUUCUCUUCCCUAUCACAGAAAAGUAUGAAGUAUUCAGAACAGAAGAGGAAGAAAAAAUAAAAUCUCAGGGACAAGAUGUUACGUCUUCAGUAUAUUUCAUGAAACAAACAAUCAGCAAUGCCUGUGGAACAAUCGGACUGAUCCAUGCUAUUGCCAACAAUAAAGACAAGAUGCACUUCGAAUCAGGAUCAACUUUGAAAAAAUUCCUGGAGGAGUCUGUGUCAAUGAGCCCUGAAGAACGAGCCAGAUACCUGGAGAACUAUGACGCUAUUCGAGUUACUCAUGAGACCAGUGCCCAUGAGGGUCAGACUGAGGCACCAAAUAUAGAUGAAAAAGUAGAUCUUCAUUUUAUUGCAUUAGUUCAUGUAGAUGGGCAUCUCUAUGAAUUAGAUGGACGGAAACCAUUUCCAAUUAACCAUGGGGAAACUAGUGAUGAUACUUUAUUAGAGGAUGCCAUAGAAGUUUGCAAGAAGUUUAUGGAACGUGACCCUGAUGAAUUAAGAUUUAAUGCGAUUGCUCUUUCUGCAGCAUAGCUUGUCAAUAAUGAAAACACCAAAUACUGUAUUAUUUGCAACAAAAAUUAAAUUUCUGCUGCCAUACACUAAUGCAAAACUUUUGAUAUUUUCAUUAACUUGACUGAUUAAACUUUAUGUGAAUUAAA